UAGAGGAUAACGGCUAGCUUGGUUAAAGGUUGAGCAUAUAAAGUUUGUGGGUUUGCAUAAAUACUGUUCAGCAGGGAUGUUCAGACUCACAGCAUCAUCAGCCCUGCAGGUCCAAAAUUGAUUGGAAAAAAAUAACAUUACUCAACAUGGAGACUGCCGUGUUCAACUGCUGGUUCCUUUUUCUGCUGUUCAGCCCAACAGUUCCCAUGUGUUUACCCACAGACUUCACCCUGUAUGUGGAGAAGCCAGAGUGUGACUUCUGUGUGGCGAUCAACACCACUAUCUGCAUGGGAUUUUGCUACUCAAGGGACAGCAACAUGAGGGACAUAGUUGGCCCCCGCUUCCUCAUCCAGAGAGGCUGCACCUAUGACAAGGUGGAGUACCGUACCGCCGUACUGCCCGGCUGCCCCAUUGACUCCAACCCUGUUUUCACCUACCCUGCGGCUGUCAGCUGCCACUGUGGUGCCUGCAGGACUGACAGUGAUGAGUGCGCACACAGAGCCGGUGGGGACAGAGCUAGGUGCACCAAACCAGUUAGACGGAUCUACCCAUACCCUGGUCAGAGCAACUACAUGAUCCCUUUCUGAUUGUAUUGUUUUUGUUCUCAUUGUGUCUUUUUUCGUUUAAGUUACUGAGCACAACUGCACGAUCCAAGAAUGUUUUUUUUUGUUUUUUGUAAAUAUAGGCCAUCCUAUAGCUUGUGAUGGAUACAGUGAUAUCUGCACUGCCUGUACUGUUACCUAUUGUACCAGUUUUAUUGUGCCUUUGUUGCCCAAUGCGUCUGUGCUGCAGCUCUGCUUCUCAGCUUACAAUGGGGGUUUAUCCUGGUGCGUAUUUCUGAUUCCUCUUGUACACUCAUUUGUGUUUGACUUUUUAUGUUUACUUUGAAAGGGAUACUCUGAAUGCAACUCAAUUAAAGCUAAAGUCUCUAAAUAGC